ACUGAGUCAUUUUACUUGAUACGUUUUAGUUUAGACUGUUGCUAAGAUUUUAAUUAACAGACGGUACGUGAACAAGUUAAGGCAGAUCCGUUCGAAUCGAUGUUCGAAAACCUUUUUCACUUAUUAAAUUUUACUCAAAAAACCAAUCGUCAUAACUCAUUGUUAUUAAUCCAGAGAUUUCAGAAUUCUAAUUAUCAGCUUUGUUAAAAUAGUAAAUCAAAAAAUAAUAAAUCCAAAUUUGAAACUUGUUGCUAACCGAAGUUUAUAGCUAGCCGAAUUUCCUUUUCUGAAGGGUAACCGUACGCAGUUUAAACACGUGAACAAAUAUAACCACUGAACCAUAUUUUGCAUUGAUUGUCGUGAAGUGAAAUCUCAAAAACUAAUCCAAAGUUCAAAACCAAGAAUUAAAUCACAUUUAUAUGAUCAUAACGAACAGCUGGAUUUAUUUGACAUUUGUUGCGAAAGUUUGAACUUCUAGAUCUGGUUGAAAAAAAGUAUGGGUUAUUAUCGAAAACAUGCUCUUGAAGGAAUAUUGCACGCUUCACAUGAGCUUGCGGACCCAAGACUGUGGCGAGCUGUUUUUGCCGAGUUCUUCGGAACCUUUGUCAUGGUUUUCGUCGGGUUGUCCAACAUCGUCGGCAGCGAAUUCGACGCUGGAGUCGGAUCCGAGAUUGACAAUUUGGUCACACCUGGACUGACGUUUGCGGCCAUCAUCAUGACUCUGAUUCAUAUCAUCGGACCCACUUCCGGGUGUCACAUCAACCCAGCUGUGACCAUUUCAAUGACGGUGGUGAGAAGGUGUCACGUACUUAAAGCCGUUUGCUACAUUCCCGCGCAGCUCCUAGGCGCGUCUGCUGGAGCAGGUCUGCUGUACUGGAUUGCGCCCCAGGAAUGGAUAGAUGCGACCCAUUUGGGCAUGAACAGAUUGAGACCCGAGCUGAACAUGGGCCAGGGUGUAGUGGUGGAGAUAGUUGGAACCAUGAUUCUCGUGUUGCUAGUCCUGGUCAUCUCUGACCCUGAUCCAAAGAAGGACUUCGAGGGCUUUCCUUCGACUGCCGCCGGAUUCAUGGUCCUUGCCUGUGUCUUCUUCAUGGCCCCUUACACCGGAUGCAGUUUGAACCCCGCCCGCUCUUUCGGACCGGCCUUGGUCAUGCGCGACUUCGCCAACUACCACUGGAUUUACUGGGUGGGGCCGAUCGGAGGGGGACUUGUUGCCGUUGUUGUCUACUAUGGCGCUCUCGUUCAGGGAUUGCACAAGUUUGACGACCCAAUCGAAGCGGAAGAUUCGUCUGUGGUGAAGGAGAAGAACUCACAAGAGAUGUCGCAGAAUCCACCCCAAGAGGAGUCAUCAUUCGCUAAAAACGCCGUGGUUCCGAGUUAAAAUUCACACGUGUGUGAAGCGGACCCGACACGAUUGGACAAAAGUCGAAAAGAAGAUCUAUAUUGUUCCGAAAAUUGUUUAUACUAGUGUAAGUGAUCUGUACAAAAACGGAUGUAGCAAAAAGUAUUAUGAAAACACGUGGUUUCAAUAUCGAAAAAUCUAUAUGGUCUAUAGCUGCAUUGAGAGUUUUCACAAAACCAGACUUUUUGUUUCAUUCAGUUUCUG